CCUUCCCUGGGCCAGAGCCCACCGGGCCCCUGCUCGGCUUAACGCCCACCCUCCGGGCCUGGCCCCCUCGGAGAGAGGGCGGGGCCUGAGCCACUGGCCUGCACGGUCAGGACACCCCCUCCCAGACGGUCCCCAUGCUCGGGGGCCCCCACCAGAGGAGAGGGGGCAGGACAUCCCUGGCCAGGCUGAGACUCAGCCCAGGAUGCAGGACUGGGGGGCCGGGGCCGGGGCCAGGCACUGAGCUCAGCCGGGGGGUCCCCCACCUGGAGCCACCCCAGGCCCCGCGGGCUGGCACAGCACUGACCACCCCUCCCCGUGCAGAACUGCUCCUGGAGGAGAGCUGUGCCGACGCCCAGGACGGGGAGCUGGACGGGCUCUGGACCACCAUCUCCAUCUUCAUCACGCUCUUCCUGCUCAGCGUGUGCUACAGCGCCACCGUGACGCUCUUCAAGGUGAGCGGGCCAGCCCCGCUGUCACCCGUGCCCCGGAGCCCCCUGCCGGCCCCUCCCUGGCCCUCCCUGUGGCCACGCUGUCACUGUGACGGCCCCUCCCUGUACCCGCCCUGGCCUCUGGUCCUCUCCGGGACACGGUGGCUGUCGGGGACCGCGGGGCUGGCAGGCGGACCCUGGGGGGCGGUCCACGUGCGGCCCGGGCCGCCCUCACCCCGUGCGCCCUGCAGGAGAAGUGGAUCUUCUCGCCGGGCGGCCAGGGCCGCCCCAGACCCGACAGGACCGCGUCCGUCGGCUCCUGCUGCUCCGCCUGCGCCAGGCCUGCCUCCGCCCUCUGACCUCGCCCACCUCUGGCUCUCGGCCACCUCGCCCGCACCUCUGCCCUUGGGCAUCGCGGCCCCCUCAGAAGGCGCCCCGCACCCCCACCGCCCCUCGGAAGCCCGAGUGGGCAGCACCUCGGGCCCCGACCUGACUUGA